AUGACGACCAUUCACCCGGAGUCCAUCAUGGACUUCGAGUUCAUUAACACCCCGGCUGCUCCUGAGCAAACUAAGCCGUCCUUUGAUUGUGGUGUGCCCACCACUCUGUACCCGGCUAUCAAGAAUGCUCCUGUGCCUGCCGACUCGGCUGGCAGUGACAGCUUCUCCAAUGCCUUGAUGUUCUUCUUGCUUGUUGUGAUCCCCUGGUACCUGGCCCGCCAGGUUGGCGGAGGUUUCUACACUACUAUCUUCUUUGCAAUCUUCACCACUAUUCCCAUCUUGAUGGCCUUCUGGUCCGUCUCUUCGUCUAUCUCCCCUCGCAAGACCGAGAAAGCCAAGUAUGCCGGCCGCCCUGUCGAGUACUACCUGGACUUCAAGAGCGAGCAUGAUCGUGCUACCUACCACGGCAAAAGCAAGAUCCCCAUGGAAGUUUUCUACGAGAAAUACUUCAAUGGCGAGGUUGACUUCAAGGGUGAUGCUCUGGAGAUUCUUGAGUACCGCCACGAUUGGGCAAACUUCAAGUUCACUAUGGGUCUCUUCAAGCACUUCCUGUUUGGAUUUAUCCCCGAGAUGCUGAUGCAUACUCGUUCCCAGGACGAGGAGCAGGUCCGCGAUCACUAUGACCGAGGUGAUGACUUCUACGCUUGGUUCCUCGGCCCCCGCAUGAUUUACACCUCCGGUAUUAUCAGUGAUAUCAACCGCGAAGAAACCCUUGAAGAAUUGCAGGAUAACAAGCUGGCUGUCGUCUGUGAGAAGAUUGAUAUCCAGAAGGGCGACAAGAUCCUUGACCUUGGCUGUGGCUGGGGAACUCUUGCCAAGUACGCUUCUGUCCACUACGGCGCUGAGGUCACCGGUAUUACUCUUGGACGCAAUCAGACUGCUUGGGGUAACACUGGUCUCCGGGCCGCUGGCAUUGAGGAAUCUCAGUCCCGUAUCAUUUGCUCCGACUACCGUGAUGCCCCCCGUAUUGAGGGUGGCUACCAAAAAAUUACCUGUCUCGAGAUGGCUGAGCACGUUGGAGUCCGUCACUUCUCUACUUUCCUCACUCAGGUCUAUGAGAUGCUUGAGGACGAUGGUGUUUUCUUCCUGCAGAUCGCUGGUAUCCGUAAGUCUUGGCAGUACGAGGACCUCAUCUGGGGUCUUUACAUGAACAAGUACAUCUUCCCCGGUGCCGACGCUAGCACUCCUCUUGGAUUUGUUGUAGAUCGUCUUGAGGGUGCUGGUUUCGAGAUCAAGGCUGUUGAUACCAUUGGUGUUCACUACUCUGCCACCCUCUGGCGCUGGUACCGAAACUGGAUGGGCAACAAGGACAAGGUCGAGGCUAAGUACGGCAAGCGAUGGUUCCGUAUCUGGGAAUACUUCCUUGCUUCCUCCACCAUUACCUCUCGCCAGGGUGGUGCCACUUGCUGGCAGAUCACCCUGGUCAAGAAUAUUAACUCGACUCACCGUGUUGAUGGUAUCAAGACCCAGUUCGGUCUCACUGCCGCUCGCCAGGCUGCCAUUGAGCGUGCCAACGGCAUUCUUCCCAAGGCUCACGUGGUCAAGAAGGACCUUUAA